AUUCAAAAAACGUCUUUUAAUUCAACAGGAUGAAGCUCUUACUUUUGGGUAUAUGUAUGCUAGGCAUUCUAACACAGGAUGGGUUAUGUUUAAAGGUCCAGUACAAUGGAGAUCAAGUUUUGAAACUCACCCUGAAAACAACAGAUCACUAUGAGCAUGUGCAAAAUAUCUGCAAACAACUCCAGCUUGAUCUCUGGAAACCAAGCAGAAUAGAAGAUAUUCAGCCUGGAAAAGAAAUGCAUGUUCGAAUACCAUUUCCAGUUCUUCAAAACUUUAAAGAGAACCUUCAUCAAAAAUCUAUUCCAUUUGAAGUCAUGAUAAAAGAUGUACAAGAAAUUAUAGACAACAGCAAUGUGGGUGACUACAGAAGACAGAAAACAAUAUUGGCUGAAUUUGAUUAUACAAAAUACCACCCAAUGGAUGAGAUUUAUCAAUGGAUGGAUCAAGUUAAGGAGACAUACAGUGACCUGGUUUCUAUGCAUUACCUAGGAUCAACAUAUGAGCAUAGGCCUAUUUACUAUUUCAAAAUUGGCUGGCCUUCUGACAAACCGAAGAAAAUUAUUUGGAUGGACUGCGGGAUACAUGCUCGUGAAUGGAUUGCUAUUGCGUACUGCCAAUGGUUUGUUAAGGAGAUUCUUGAAACUCACAAGAACAAUCCUUUGCUCCAAAAAGUACUUCAUAAUAUAGACUUCUAUGUUGUACCUGUCCUAAAUAUUGAUGGAUUUAUUUACUCCUGGAAUGUGGAUCGUCUUUGGAGAAAAUCACGGUCUUCUCAUAACAAUGGAACCUGCUACGGAGUCGACCUCAACCGAAAUUUUGAUUCACAAUGGUGCACUAUUGGUGCAUCUCACAACUGUAAAGACAUAACAUUUUGUGGAACUGGACCUUCAUCAGAACCAGAAGCUAAUGCUGUGUCUAAGCUGCUGGGGAGUCUUAAAUCUGAUGUUUUGUGUUUCUUAACAAUUCAUUCCUACGGUCAACUUAUCCUUCUGCCCUAUGGUUAUACAACGGAGCCUUCUGUUAAUCACGAAGAGAUGUUAAAUAUAUCUCAAAAGGCUGCUGCAAAACUCAAAGAGAAGCAUGGCACUGAGUACAGAGUUGGAUCUACAUCACAAAUACUAUAUUCCAAUUCUGGGUCAUCUCGGGACUGGGCCAAAGAUCUAGGAAUCCCUUUUUCAUUUACAUUUGAGCUGAGAGACACUGGUACAUAUGGCUUUGUACUCCCUGAAAAUCAGAUCAGACCUACUUGUGAAGAAACCAUGGCGGGAGUAAUGACCAUUGUUGAACAUGUUGAUGCAAAGUUCUUUAAUAGUGCUAUAAGCAUUUUCUCUUCCAAUCUUAUGAGUCUAUCUCUUAUCAUUGGUCUCUAUUAUACAAUGUUUUAAUACAAUUGAGGUUCAGAUAUGAUAUAUAUAUUCAUGCAUUUUUUUGACUGAUGAAAUAAGAAUAAACCAUCUGUUCAC